AUGGCCAUCUUAUUACGUACGACACUUCUACUACUCUGCACUGCAUCCAGCUUUGUCUUCGCCCAGAACGUCACCACGGAGGCCCAAGCAACAGAACGGGUGGGAUGGGUUGCUAACGAUACGACCCGAAGCACUUCUCAGAUUAUCUUCUGUUGCGUAUCUAUCUUCCUUGUCUGCUCCUGGGAAUGUGUGCACCUGAAUAUACCAAGUAUUGAAGAGAGCGAAGCAGGCUGGUAUAUUUACAGGGGCUGGCUGUAUUACUGGCCCACGGCUCCUCUACGACGACUUUGGUUUCGGAGAAUGGGAUGGGUGGCUUUGAUUGCCAUUGCCCCGGAGAUCGGAGUGGCAGUAGCCUUGGAAGAGCUAAUGGAGGCUAGGAAAACCUUUAGGAGAUAUAAGCAUCUUGGUUUCACCAUGCCCCACGCUUUUUAUGCCUGUAUGGGUGGGUAUCGGGUGGCCAUUCCCCGAACCUUUCUCAAUCAGGAUGUUGACACUCGGGAUGGUCCAACGUUGAUGGCCGGGACUGUACAGGGAGACAACGAGAAUCAUCAAAUUUUAGUGAAAGAUACUAUGGUCGAAAGGAUGUUAUAUUAUAGCCCUCAGCUGACCACCCUAGAGAUACUAGAUGAACUAGGAAUCUUUCCGGCCACUGAGGAAGCUUGCUUACAGGACCGAGGCCUUCCUCUAAUGAAGGAGGAAGACAUUCAUAAUGUUUCGACAUCAGAUGCUGUUAUCAAGGGGUUUGCUUGUCUUCAAUGCGUAUGGCUUAUCAGUUUGGACAUCACGCGUGCGGCUGCGGGUCUGCCCAUCAGUGAGCUUGAGCUGAUGACACUGGCCUUUAUUUUCUGUGCGCUGAUAAUGUACGGCUUGUGGUGGUAUAAGCCGUUCGGAGUCCAACGUGCCACCCUUAUACUCCCUUCCAACCAGGAAAAAGCAAGUAUUGUGCAAGAUAGGCUGGGUCCACCGGGCGCUGAGGGGAGAAGUCAGGGAAUAGGUACUGUGGUUGAAACCUGGCUGGAUUUGCCUCGUUGCUUCUUAUUUGAUCCUUUCGACUGGAAAAGAAGCGAGUAUGAUGAGCCAAGAUCCAUAAUCUGCAACCUCACCUCUCUGGUAUUCUCUGGUUUCCAUCUUGUUGCCUGGAACUGGGAAUUUCCAUCAGACACGACCCGCAUGCUCUGGCGCAUCUUUAGUCUGACUGCAACAGGAGCCCCCUUGGUCCUGAUGAGUAUUUCAGGAAUCUUGCUUGUUUACUAUACGACGGGCUCCAGGGUGAGAUAUAGGGCGGCUCUGAAGGUGGUGAUGUAUGGGAUGAGUAUCAUCUAUACCAUCUCACGAGUCGGCUUGAUUAUUUUGGUUUUUUAUUGUUUCUCUUCGAUGCCGGCCGCUGUCUACAAGACAGAGCAAUGGUGUCAUUUCUUUCCCCAUUUUGCUUAA